CCUGGAUGGCCCCAGCACUGGCCGCUCUGAUCCCUGUCACGGCAGGAGGCGCUCACUGUUUCCUAGGAGCCCUGAUAUCGGCUCUCCAGCCCGGGAGCUUCCAUCUACCCGGACUGAGCCCGAGCAGCCCGGCCUUAUAUGCCUCUCCCGGUAUCUCCGGAACCAAUCUGCCGGCCAUGCUUGGUGGCCGUGUCUAGAGCCAGGUGGGACUCCGAGCAGACCGGAACCGGCGCAGGACCUCCCUCCUCCCCCCGGGACCACCACACCGGCUUCCACAGCCAGUCCUGAGCGGGAUCGCCAGCCAUGGCCCUCGUCACCCUACAGCGCUCCCCGACUCCCAGCGCUGCCUCCUCGGCCAGCACCAGCGAGGAAUUUGGGAACGAUGACGAUCGCAAGACAAACCUGAGUUUGAGCGACAGUUUUUUCAUGGUGAAGGGAGCUGCCUUAUUCUUGCAGCAGGGGAACAACUUUCAGGGGCAAAAGAAUCUUCUAAACCACAAGAAUGCAGGAGAUCUACCCCAGCACCUUCAACUUAUGAUCAAUCUCCUCCGAUGUGAAGAUCGCAUUAAGCUGGCUGUCCGCUUGGAGAGUAGCUGGUCAGAUCGUGUACGCUACAUGGUGGUGGUCUAUAGUAAUGGCCGCCAAGACACAGAAGAGAAUAUCUUACUUGGGGUGGAUUUCACCAGCAAAGAAAGCAAAAGCUGCACGAUUGGAAUGGUUCUGCACUUGUGGAGUGACACCACCAUACGCCUGGAUGGAGAUGGGGGUUUUAGCAUCAACACUGCAGGUAGAACUCACAUAUUCAAACCUGUGUCCGUUCAGGCAAUGUGGUCAGCUCUACAGAUACUUCACAAGUCCUGCGAGAUGGCCAGACGCUACAAUUACUUUCCUGGAGGACUGGCUCUCGUGUGGGCUACAUACUAUGAGAGCUGUAUCGGCUCCAAUCAGAGCUGCAUCAAUGAGUGGAAUGCCAUGCAGGAUUUAGAAUCUACAAGGCCAGACUCCCCAGUCAUAUUCAUGGAUAAACCUGGCGAGGGGGAGAAGACUGAAUUGGCUAUCAGAGCAACACUUAGGAGCAUCAUGAUGAGCAAAGACUUGGAGAAUGUGACCUGUAAAGAGAUCCGUAAUGAACUGGAGAAGAAGUUGAGCUGCAAUCUAAAGGAGUAUAAGGAAUAUAUUGACACUGAGAUGUUGCAGAUAGUGGGUCAGAUGGAUAAAGCCUCACUCAUAUUUGAUGACCUCUAUUUGGGCUCUGAGUGGAAUGCAUCAAACCUGGAGGAGCUGCGCAGUGCAGGGGUUGGCUACAUACUAAAUGUGACCAGGGAGAUAGAUAAUUUUUUCCCUGGUCUUUUUGCUUACCACAAUAUACGUGUCUAUGAUGAGGAGACCACCGACCUGCUGUCCCACUGGAAUGAGGCCUAUCACUUCAUUAAUAAGGCAAAGAAGAAUCAUUCAAAAUGUUUGGUGCACUGCAAAAUGGGCGUCAGCCGCUCAGCUUCCACGGUCAUUGCAUAUGCCAUGAAAGAGUAUGGCUGGUCAAUGGAGAAGGCAUACAACUACGUAAAACAGAAACGUAGUGUAGCUAGACCCAAUGCGGGGUUCAUACGCCAGCUGUUGGAGUAUGAGGGAAUCUUAGAUGCAAGUAAACAAAGACACAACAAAUUGUGGAGGCAACAUGUGGAACGCGGCUUGCCAGCAAAUGAGUUUGACUCCAUGUUUUCUGAUACAUUCCAACCUGAGCUCAAUUGCAGACUAAAUGAGAUUGGUGGGGUUACAGAUAUUUUGCCUGACAGUAGAUAUUUUAGGCAUCUGACCCAACCACAGGAGAUAAUUGAAUCACCUAAUGUACUUCUUGAAGUUGAGGAGCUGGAGAGAGAUGCCCUUUUGGAAGAUGACCUCUUUCCAGGAAGGUACUGCAAAGUAAAAAAUGAGGAACAUGUUCCAGGGAGAAAGAAAGCUGAGCUAAUGGCAGAAGGUUCAGACAUGAAAGAGAUGGAUGUGAGGAAGAAGUUGGUUUUUGAAAAUAGAGAUUUUGAAAAUGAUUUUAAGGCAGUGGAAAAGAACAGUCGAGAACGGGGAACAACCCUCCCCACUGAGGCAAAUAAUGAAGAGCAGCGUGUAAACAAAGAAAACUCUAAUAACAGCAGCAAAAGAAGCUGCCCUACAGAUAGUGAGGAUGAUGCUAUUUUUGGAAUUCUAAACAAGGUGAAACCUCCAUACCCGUCUUGUACUGAUUGUAUGUACCCAUCAACUCCCAUCUCCUCCGAGGCAUAUGAAGAACAACAGAAUAUAGAAUUUAAAGAGGCCUCAGAUUCUCCCACUAUUUGCAGUCAGCCUGUACUAUUACAACACAUGACUUCAGCUGUUUUGGACAGUAUGCAUAGAUGCCCACUGGGCAAAGACAUCACACCAUCGUGUCCUGCACAUUUUAAAAAGGACACAAUCAAUUUUUCUGCAAAAGCCACUGACAAGCAUUCCAGCGAAUCAGAAAAGCCACAAGCCCGAAUUGAACAGUUUGAAUCCUGUUUUAGCCAAACUUCCUUUCUUAAGAGUGAUCCAAAACAGCAGAGAGACCCAAAAUACUUAUUUUUCAGCAAAGAUCUGGAAAAACCGACAAUGCAUAGUUACUUAAUGCAGCACCAAGAAUCUAUCAUUCAGCUCCAAAAAGCUGGCUUGGUUAGAAAACAUACCAAAGAGCUGGAACGUCUUAAGAGUGAAGGCUCAUUCAUAAAUGAAGGUCUUGCAGAUAAAUCUGAUUCCGCUAUAUCAGUUGAUCACAAAGAUCUGAAAACCCACCAAGAGCUACCUGAGGAAGCUAUGGACGGAAAGGAAGAUAUAGGUGUUAUAGAUGGAACAUUACAGAAGACGUCUACUCCAUGUUUUUUCAAGAUGGAUCUGAUCAGUAGUUACACAAAAGAUUUCCUAAAGACUAUAUGCUACACACCAACUUCCUCCUCAAUGAGCUCUAACCUUACUCGAAGCUCAAGUAGUGACAGCAUCCACAGUGUACGUGGCAAGCCCGGACUGGUGAAGCAAAGGACACAAGAAAUAGAAACAAGGAUGCGUUUAGCUGGGUUGACACUUUCCUCCCCUCUGAAGCGAUCACACUCUCUUGCAAAACUAGGAAAUCUCAACUUUUCUAGCGAUGACUUAUCCUGUGACACAGACACCAGUCAGAAAUUGGAUUGCAAGAGUGCAAAAUUAAUAGACAGUCCUGUAUUUACAGACACUUUAUCCUCUUCUGGGACCAUAGAGUCACCUUCUUCCAAGAUCAUAGAUUCAAUUAAUAAAUCAAUCUCAGAGACUAGCUGAAUUUUUUUUUUUUUUUUUUUUUUUUUUAAAUCUGGUCAAUGUUACUUUUAUGGUAUUAUCAUGCUGGUUUUAUUAUGGCAAAAUAGUGGUUUUCUAACUACAUAUGCAGUAUAGCAAUAUUAUAUCUGCAUCUCUUUAUAGUGUAUUUGUUGUCUUUUUUUU